GACCCUUCGAUGAGUUAUCUGCCUCGUACGCAAGAUUGAAGACAGAAACGAAGAGAAGGACUUCAAAAACGACUGGACAACCUCCUUUACUGGAAAGUGCUGACUACAAAAGCCCGUGGACAUGCACACCAAAUUUCCACUCGAAGCUGUUGGUAACAAACUUUGGAGGAGGGACGACACACAUGGAAUUGCAAUCUGCUUCAGUUCACGACGAGGCCUUCGAUUUCAAGGGACGACUUGCCGACAAGAAAAGCACCGGUGGAUGGAAGGGGUGUUGCUACGUUCUUGCCAAUGAAAUAUUCGACAGGAUAGCCUUCUUUGCAAUCCUGGCGAACCUGGUGACUUACAUGACUAGUGUUCUUCACGAAAACACGGCUGAAGCGGCUACCAACAUCAACAACUGGGUUGGGACCAUCUACAUGGUGACUCUCUUGGGAGCAUUUCUAGCAGACGCAUUCUGGGGGCGCUAUCGGACUAUUCUCACCAUGGCUGGACUGUACAUUUUGGGCCUGAUUCUACUCACGGUCUCUUCCUCGCUAAAGUCCCUUCGCCCAUUACCUUGCCAACCAGCGUCUCGGAAUGAAACCUGCAAUCCAGCCUCCAAGCAGCAGCGCGCAUUCUUCUUCGUUGCCCUCUACCUGGUUGCGGUUGGCUCGGGUUGCAUGAAGCCGUGCGUUUCGUCGUUUGGAGCGGACCAGUUUGAUGAGAAAGAUUCCUCCGAGAUAAAGAAGAAGGCCUCGUUCUUCAACUGGUGGUUCUGGGGAAUUCACGCCGGCCAGCUCGUUGCAGUCACGGUCCUGGUUUACAUCCAAGACAACGUCGGCUGGUCCUGGGGAUUUGGAAUUCCGACGGUACUCAUGGUCAUAUCUGUCCUAACUUUGCUGUAUGGGACACCGAAUUACAGGUAUCAGAAGCCGCACGGUAGUCCCCUCACAACUAUAGUGAAAGUGAUAGCCUCGGCAAUCUCGAAGUGGCAUAUGGCGAUUCCCGCCAGCACUGACAAAGCAACAAAGCCGAUAGCGUUCCUCGACCGGGCGGCUUUUGCUCGAGAAAGUGGUCGCAAGCCAGGCGAUGCCAAAAAGCCAUGGGACCUUUGCUCCCAGGCUCAAGUCGAGGAAACAAAGGUGUUCAUGAGGAUUCUACCAAUGUGGUUUGGCACGCUGCUCUUCUCCACGGCGGUGGCUCAGAACCCAACGCUCUUCGUCAAGCAAGGGAGCACCCUGGAGAACAGCAUCCACGGCAAGUUUAAGAUCCCGCCAGCCUCGAUGCUGCUCUUCACAAACCUGACUGUCCUCUUCUCCAUGCCGCUCUACGAUCGCCUCUUCGUCCCGUCGGUCCGGAAGAUCACGGGGCACCCGAGAGGCAUCACCAUGCUCCAGCGGAUGGGAAUCGGGAUGUUCAUCACGGUGGCCUCGAUGCUGGCGGGGGGUCUGGUCGAGACGAAGAGGCUCAAAGUCGCGAGGGAGUUUCCACACAGCAAGCCGCUGCCAAUGACGAUCUUCUGGCUUCUACCGCAGUACAUUCUCCUGGGACUGGCGGAGGUGUUCACUUACAGCGGCCAGAUCGAGUUUUUCUACGAUCAAGCUCCGGCAGCGAUGCGUAGCUUGGGGGCCGCGCUCCAGCUGACCACCCUCGCGGGCGGGAGCUUCUUGAGCAGCAUUCUCAUCACGGUUGUCAACCGCGUCACAGGUCCCUCGCAUCCUUGGAUCCAGCACAACCUCAACCAGGGGCAUCUAAACUUCUUCUACUGGCUGCUUGCGGCGCUCAACGUUGCCAACAUUGGAGUUUUCGUGCCACUGGCGAUCUGGUUCAAGUACAAAGACAAUGAAGUGUUGCUGCCACCUUCCUCUAGAGUUUAAGAAGAAACAUUCGUUAAUCUAAAUCAAAGAUUCGUAUUCAGCCAA